CGAUUCUGACCUGGUUCCACCUUAACGGCCCGGCCGGGAUGCGGGUCCCCGGCUGCCCCCCGGCUGCUCGCCCCGUCCCCCCCCUCAGCCCUCCCCCGGUUUCUCUUUCCUUCCUUUGGCUUUUUUUGCACUCCCCACCCGGCCCCGGCCGGGUGCGGGAGGGCGGCGGCACCCGGAGAUAAAUCAUCCCCGCUCAUCCUUGCCAGUACAUCCCAGUGAAGGCUUCUUCCCGGGGAACUGGGAGUCCCCUCCCAGCUGGAGACAAUAAUGCUAAAAAAGAAAAGAAAAGGAAAAAUAAAAAAAACCCGAAACCGCCAACGAACAAAACCAAAAAACCCUUCCUUUGCACUCCUGUGGAUAAGGAAAGUUCCUGCCCGUUAUAAUUGCCCUCGGCGUCCCCAACCUUUAUUGUUCUGGGGGUGAAUAAAUAGCCGGGUCUCGGGUGCAGCCAGGGCAGUGGGUGGGUGCCUGUGGCCAGGGUGCUCCUUGCCUUGUGGGCGCAGUGGGGCAGAGGUUCGGUUUGCACAAGGGUUUUGAGCGGGGGGAGAGGUCACCCCAAGGGGUUUGCGGGGGCUGCAGCAGGUGCCACCAUGUCCUUCUGCCACCUGAAGUUCAAGGAGCUGGGCGAAGAGGAGCCCACCUGGGAGGAGGAGAGCCUGGACAGUGUGAAGGCGCUGACGGCCAAGCUGAAGCUGCAGACACGGAGACCUUCCUACCUGGAGUGGGAAGCCCGGGUGCGGGGGCAGCCCUGGUGUAGCCAGACCCCUGGGGGGGCACAGCAGACAGAGCAGGGCCCUGGGCACCCUGAGGGUGAGCGGGAUGGUGGCGUCUGUGGCUUUGCCACCAUGGAAUCAGCUCUGGAGUGGCUCAGGAUGGAGUUGCGGGAGAUGCAGGCUGCGGACCAGCGCCUGGCACAGCAGCUGAUGCGCCUGCGGGCACAGCUGCACCAGCUGAAGGUGGAGCAGGCCUGCCACCAGCACAAGGAGAUGCUGGAUGAUGCUACCUUUGGCCUCGAGGGCUGCGAGGAAGACUCGGACCUGCUCUGCAACAUCCCGCCCAAGGCCGCCUUCCUGCUCUCCAUGCCGCUCAAGCAUAUCGGAGUCACCCGCAUGAACAUCAACUCCCGACGGUUCUCCCUCUGCUAAGCACGGCAGGACCCCACGGACUGCUCGGCUCUGAGCACAGAUGGGAGCUUUGCAGGCACCCACGGGUGCAUCCGGACCUGGUGGGGCUCGCAGAUCCCUUGCCGAGUGCCUCGGGGACUGCAGAGAUGCUGCCAGGGCUGGGUUCCCUCGGGGCAGGUGGUGCUGAGCCAUGGUGCAAUGCUGUGCCACGAUGGAACGGGAAAAGCUACUGUUCCCAUCUGGCACAGGGUGUUUUGGGGCACCCAGUGCCCUGGCACUAAGGACAGUGGGGUCAACCACAGUGGAAAAUAUGGGGAGCAGCCCUUUGAGGAGGAAUAAAAGGAGGUGAAGGCAAGAA